CGACCUAUCGAAAGAGCUGAAUCAAGAGAGGCGUUUCGGCACCAUUCUCCGGGAGAGUAGACGCGACAUUUGCCGCAAGUAAUGUUAGAAAGGAGUGGAGUAAAUGAGAACGAAAACUCUUAUUUCGUGUGGAUUAUUUCUGGAAAAACAACGCCCUACCAAAACGGAAACUAGUACAACAUUAGAAACAACAUACAAAGACUGGAAUAAUAAGGUCGCUGUCUACAGGACCAAACCCAUGAUGUACUGCGCCUGCUCUGCAGCCCCACCAACAUCCUGUCUGUAGAGGAAGCGGCCGCACCAGCAUGUCCUCCCACCCCCAGUCCGUGCCCCAGGGCCGGAGGGCUGUGGACAUCCGCCACCUGCCAAACCCUGCCAGUCUACCGCUGCAGCUGGCACGGGCACACACGGAUAUGGGACUGGUGGACUACCACCCUCACUCUCGGGACUACAGCUCACACCUGGCUCAGCCCCACCGCCGCCGGCCCUCUCUGCUGUCCGAGUUCCAGCCAGGGAAUGAGAGAGGUCAGGAGCAACACAUCCGCUAUGAGCACAUCUACUUACCUGAGCCCAACAACCAAUCAGAGGUGGAGUAUGCUGAGAUAAAGCGUCCCCGCCUGGACCUUGGGGCGGAGUCUCUCAUGAGGCACUCAGCCCACCGCCCACAACUUCCUCUGGGAGGGGCUGAGGACAUGUCAAAGGACCGGGGCAGCUCCAUGGGGAAGCUGGAGCCCAUCUCCCCCGUCAGCCCGGCCCAGAUGGACCCCGAUCUGGACCUGGUGCCAGCCCGCUUCUCCAAGGAGGAGCUCAUCCAGAACAUGGACCGUGUUGACCGGGAGAUCACCAUGGUGGAGCAGCAGAUUUGCAAGCUACGCAAGAAACAGGUACAGCAACAGCUGGAGGAGGAGGCAGCGAAGCCCCAGGAGCCAGAGCGGUCUAUGAUCUCCCCCCCGCCCAGCGAGGCCAAGCACCGCAGCCUGGUGCAGAUCAUCUAUGACGAGAACAGGAAAAAGGCAGAGGAAGCUCACAGGAUUCUGGAAGGACUGGGACCCCGAGUAGAACUGCCUCUGUACAACCAGCCAUCUGACACCAAGCAGUACCAUGACAACAUCAAAAUAAACCAGGCGAUGAGGAAGAAACUCAUUCUUUACUUCAAGAGGAGAAAUCAUGCUCGUAAGCAGUGGGAACAGAAGUUCUGCCAGCGCUAUGACCAUCUGAUGGAGGCCUGGGAGAAGAAGGUGGAGCGCAUUGAGAACAACCCCCGGCGCCGGGCUAAGGAGAGCAAGGUGCGAGAGUACUACGAGAAACAGUUCCCUGAGAUCCGCAAGCAGAGAGAGCUGCAGGAGCGCAUGCAGAGCAGCCGGGUGGGGCAGCGUGGAGGAGGACUGGCCUCAUCUGCAGCCCGCAGUGAACACGAGGUCUCUGAGAUUGUUGACGGCAUAUCAGAGCAAGAGAACACCGAGAAGCAAAUGCGCCAGCUUGCGGUCAUCCCUCCCAUGCUGUUUGACGCCGAGCAGCAGCGCAUCAAGUUCAUCAACAUGAACGGCCUGAUGGACGACCCCAUGAAGGUGUACAAGGACCGGCAGGUCAUGAACAUGUGGAGCGAACAGGAGAAGGACACCUUCCGCGAGAAGUUCAUCCAGCACCCAAAGAACUUUGGCCUGAUUGCUUCUUUCCUGGAGAGAAAGACGGUGGCAGAAUGUGUCCUCUUCUACUACCUGACCAAAAAGAACGAGAACUACAAGAACAUUGUGCGCAGGAACUACCGGCGCCGUGGCAGGAGCCAGCAUGGCCAACAGCAGCAACAGCAAAAGCAGCAACAACAACAGCAGCAACAACAACAGCAACAACAGCAGCAGCAACAACAACAGCAGCAACAACAACAAGUGAACCGCAGCAGCCAGGAGGACAAAGAGGAGAAGGAGAAAGAGAAGGAGGGAGAGAGAGAGGAGGAGAAGACUGAGGGGGAAGAAAAGGAGGAUGUAAUGAAGGACGACACCUCUGGUGAGGACGGGGAAGACAAAGAGCCCACGGUGGCCUUAAAGGGACGACGCACGGCUAACAGCCAGGGCCAGCGCAAGGGCCGCAUCACCCGCUCCAUGACCAGCGAGGUGGAGGAGACCGCCACGCCGCCGCUCAGCGGUGAACUCGCCAAUCUGGAGAUGAAUGAGAGCUCUCGCUGGACUGAGGAGGAGAUGGAAACCGCCAAAAAAGGUCUUCUCCAGUAUGGUAGGAAUUGGUCGGCCAUCGCCAAGAUGGUGGGCUCCAAAACUGUGUCCCAGUGCAAGAAUUUCUACUUCAACUAUAAGAAGAGGCAGAAACUCGACGAGAUUCUGCAGCAGCAUAAAAUGAAAUCGGAGAGAGAGCGUAAGGCGCGGCGUAAAGGCAAAGCUCUACAAAGUGAAGAGACCAGCGCCCCGUCUGCUGCCGAGGAGGAGGAGAUGGAGGGCUCCGGGGCCAGCGGCAACGAGGAGGAGGCCCCCGAGGAUGGAGAAGGUGGUGCUAACAACAGCUCUGACACAGAGAGUCUGCCCUCGCCACGUUCCUCUGAGGACAGCAAGGCUAAAGAGGAGGGUAGUGGCAGGGCCAAAGCUGGCUCAAACUCUGGGGACAAGGAGGCCUCAGGUUCCCACAUGGGCCAGGGAGGAGAUGAGAAACCCCCAGGAGAAGUGGGGAAGGCCAUCAAGCAGGAGGUGAAGACAGAGGCAGAGGAGGGCAGCAAGGAGCAGCCAAGCGAAUCCACAGACCGAGACAUUAAGCCCCCCACUGCAGAUGCAGAGGAGAGCAAGAGCUCAUCCAAGAGCUCCAAGAGGGACCAUGGGCCCAAGACGGGCUCCCACGCAGACAGUGACUCUAGUGCCACCUGCAGCGCUGACGAGUUGGAGGAGUUGAACAGUACAGAGAAGAACAGGAUGACGUCUCCCAGCCGUCCCAGCCUGCUGAACUAUGCUCAUGAUGGGGUCAUCUCCUCCCCCCUGCAGAAGCCCAUGGACCUGAAGCAGCUCAAACAGAGGGCUGCUGCCAUCCCCCCUAUUAUGCCCCAGAUGCCGGAUGGUGGACCUCGGGGCGGGUGUAGUAAGGCUGAGCUGCCCCCACAUGCCCUGGCUCUCUACCAGCAGCAGAUCACCAUGGCUCAUGGAGAGUCCUCCCAGGAGGCCAAGCAGCAUGCUGGUCAGCCCAGCAAACAGCACCCCUACCCAGCGCAGGGAGAUCCCCAUAACAUCAGCAGCCCCCGCGUCCACCCACGCAGCCCCUCCUCCAGCGACAAGGACGAGCUGGAAGGCAACGAGAGGUGGCUGCAGACUCUACUUCACGGAUUACAUAAGUCCCGGGCCUUCUCUCCUCAUGGUGACCCUAAGAAGCAGGCGGUGGGGCCAGAGGACCUGAGGGCCACCUCCCUGGGCCGGCCCGUCAUGUCCCCCUACCCAAUGUCCCAUCGAGACAUGGCCAAGCUCAGCCACGACCAGCACCUACUCCACUACAACUCCUCUUUCCAGCAGGCUGGCCACUCUGGGCCCCCUGGUCUGCAGCAGGAUGGUGCCAGAUUGGCAGCGGUGCUCCCCCUCCAUAUGCCAGAGCCACCCCCUCUCAUCUCCUCCAACAAGCCAGGGGGGUCUAUCACACAGGGCACCCCAGUGCAGCUGCAUAGCCCGGCUCACGGGAUGGACCAUGGGAAGAUGCCCCCUGCACAGAUGGGUUUGUCCUGGAUGGAUCAGAGGAAAGUGGGUGAGUCCAAGUGUCUGGAGUGGGUGCAGCACUCCCAGCCUUGGUUUGCUGGUCCCUACCCGGUGGUGAAGCAGGAGCAGCUGUCCCCGCGGUGCCCGUCAUCCCAGGCAGAGAACCUGUCCACGCAGGGGAUGCCCCAUGACGCCAACGCUGGACGUGGGUCUUUGCCAGCAGUGCAGGGGGGCAGCAUCACAAAGGGCAUCCCAGGGACCAGAGUGCACCAGGACUCCCCCAUCUCCUACCGGGGAGGCUCCAUCACCCAGGGCACCCCGGCAGACGUGCUGUACAAGGGGACCAUAACCCGUCUGAUCACAGAGGACAGCCCCAGCAGAGCCGAGAGGGAGCGGGAUGAGCUCCUGUCCAAAGGACACGUGGUCUACGAGGGCAUCAGUGGACACAUCCUCACCUAUGACCGCCCACCCUCUCAGAACCCUAAAGAUGACGGCCGGGGCCAGCCUGGGGAGAUCUUGGGGCUGAAGCGCCCCUAUGAUGUCAGGGGGUUGCCCAUGAGGGAGACACUGUCUGCAGCUAACUGUGAGGGUCUGAUAGGCAGAGCCAUAUCUCACGAGAGAGACAACCCACACCCAACCCACCACAUCCGUGGUUCCAUUUCACAGGGUAUCCCCCGUCACCUAGACAUCCAGGAUGGCUACAUGAGGCGGGAGGCCAAGCAGAUGAAGAGAGAGGGCUCCCCGUCCCGAGGGACUAGCCAGAUGUCUGAACCCAUGAAGGGUCGAGAGGCCAUUGUGCCCACAGUGAAGGAGGGGGGCCGAUCCAUCCACCUCAUCCCCAGAGAGGAGCUUCGACUGAUGCCCGAAGGCAUGAUGAUGCCCAAGGCUGGCAAAGAGGGCGUCAUAGCACAGGGCGCUCCUAUGAAGCAGGAGCAGGGUGGCUCAAGGAAGGGGCACGACGUUCGUUCCAUCAUCGCCAGCUCCCCACGCUCCCACUACGGCAUGCCCUCCCACCUGGAGAUGCGGGGACCCGAGCAGCGGGGCCGCUACGAGGAGGGUCCUAAGGGCCGUCCCAGCACUGUGGUCAACACGGCCAGCUCCAUGGCUCGAUCCUCGCCCCUGGCAAUGGGGGGUGAGCAGGGUGGUAAGGCUCACCACAGCCCUGUGGGCUACGAGGAACACAAGGGCGGCAUAAGGGCUCCCUACCCUGGACCUUCUCACCGAGGAUCCCCCCUGUCAGGCCAGCGGCAGCAUGAAGGCUCCAAUAAGAACCAGCCUCAGGAGCGCAAGGCCACACCCACCCCUCGGGAGAUGAGCUCCGGCAAGUCACCCCUGCCGGGCGUUGCCGAGCAGCAGGCCCAACAACAACAGGCGUCCCUGGCGUCGUACGAGCGUCUGCUGCAGGGUCUGGGGGCCGACGUGUACCGAGGACAGAUCCCCCUAUCCUUUGAUCCUGCCUCCCUGCGUCAGGGCAUCCCCAUCGACCCAGCCUACUACCUGCCUCGCCACCUGGCCCCUAACCCUGGCUACCCUCACCCCUACCCCUACCUGAUCCGGGGCUUCCCCGACACGGCAGCCCUGGAGAACCGCCAGACGCUGCUCAACGACUACAUCACCUCCCAGCAGAUGCACCAGUGGCCUGCAGCUGCCGCUAUGGCUGCCCAGCGCUCAGACCUGCUGAGGGGGCUCUCGCCACGGGACCAGCCCCUCCAAAUGCCCUACUCUGCUGCCCCACGCGGGAUCAUCGAUCUGUCUCAGGUGCCACACUUACCUGUCCUAGUCCCUCCCUCUGCAGGGUCUUCCGGCUCCCCCAUGGACCGCAUCACUUACAUCCCCGGGGGCCAGGGAGGCUUCCCCAGCCGGCCUUACAACACCUCCCCCAUCUCACCAGUUGGGCCCCAACACAUGAGCAAGCAGCACGGCACACCAUCUACUGACCGCGAACGAGAGAGGGACCGCGAGAGGGACCGCGAGAGAGAGAGAGACCGCGAGAGAGAGAGAGACCGCGAGAGAGAGAGAGACCGAGAGCAGGAGAGAGAGCGGGAUCGUGAGAGACAGCGAGACAGAGAGCGGGAGAGAGAGCGGGACCGGGACAGAGAGAAGGGGAUCUCUCAUGGCAACGUGGAACAUGCCCCCAUCUGGAGACCAGGCACAGAGCACAGCUCCGGUGGUAGCAGCAGUGUCAGGCCCUCCUCCCACUCCGGCUACAGCCACCAGCACUCCCCGGUGUCCCCUCGUACUCAGGACAGUGUCCAGCAGAGGCCCAGCGUCCUGCACAACACUGGGGGCAAGAGUCUGCCUGUCAGUGACCACAACAACCCUUCUGUGCUAAGGUCCAUGCCAGGCUCCAAUCGCUACCCAGGCUACAGCCACCUCCAGAGGACCGGGAUGCCUACUGAGGGCUACCCACCAAGCAUGGACCCCAAGGAAAUGGGCCGGGAUGGUGGCAAGAGCAGGGGAGGCCUUCCUAAACACACCCAAGACCAACAUGGGCCCUCUAUAUCCUCCAGCAAAUCUGACCCCAAGCUGGCCAGCCCUAACCAAGGGGGUUACCCCGUGCCCUACCCCCAGGGCUCUGCAGCCUCUCACCACUCAGGCCGGCCCCCACCUCACCUGCUGACCCCCCAGUUGGAUAACCAUGUUGGCCGCGGAGAAAGUGGCACGCCUAGUAGGGAAAAGACUCAAAACAAACCGAUGUCCGUUCAGGAACAAGAGCUCCGAUCACUCGGUAAGACCACCAUGACUGCGGCCAACUUCAUAAACGCGAUUAUCAUGCGUCAAAUUUCUUGUGAAACGGGGAUGCCAGAGACGGGCUCGCUCGUGGCCAACAGCGCCAGUGAUGCUCAACAGAAGAUGAUGCCCAUGGAGCAGCACGGUCCGUACCGGCCUCCCUCUGAGGAGAGGCUGUCCCCGGGCCAGCAAUCCCCCCUGAUGAAAGGCAGCCAGAGGGUGGUCACCCUGGCGCAGCACAUCAGUGAAGUGAUCACCAAGGACUAUACCCGGCAGAGCCAACAGGCCCAGCAGCAGUCCUACCACAGCAACCCAGUCCUGGACCUGACCCGGCCCCUCAGUGCUCCCCAUGCCCUGCCUGCCUCCCAGGAGUCUAGCCAGGGACCUCGCUACACUCCAGAGGGGACAGGAGGGGAACGUACCCGAGACGGGUCUCCUCAGCCCAAGGCAUCACCUGUCAGUAUGUCUGCAGACGGCAUUGAGCCAGUGUCCCCUGCAGGAGCCAUGUCUGAACCAGAGACACAAGGGGCCUCCUACCCCAACGAGCAGGGAGAGCAGGGCAUGGGCUCUCGCUCCCCUCCCAACACCCAGCCCCCAGCCUUCUUUAGCAAGCUCACUGAGAGCACCUCAGCCAUUGUCAAGUCCAAGAAACAGGAGAUGAUCAAGAAGAUGACCGUGGUCGGCAGUGACGCUGAUUUCAAUGCUGGCCAGCCAGGAACAGAGAUUUUCAACAUGCCUGCCUCUACCACUGCAGGACCUGUAAGUAUCCGCAGCCACCCGGCUCCUGAGGCAUCCGGUAACACCAUAGGCCUGGAAGCCAUUAUCAGAAAGGCCCUGAUGGGCAGGUAUGAUGACCAGGCUGAGGAGCGCCCUCCCUCCUCCAAUGCUAUUAACUCCAUGGCUGCCAGUGUGCCUGCCGCUAAUCCUCUCGCUGACGGACGGACCGAGGACUCUUACUCACUACAAGGUGGGGGGAAGCCAAAGGGUAGCGGGCGCUCUAACGGGCGGAAGGCCAAAUCCCCCGGGCCGGGCCUGUCAGGGGGGGAGAGACCCUCCUCUGUGUCCUCUGUCCACUCUGAGGGGGAUGCCAACCGCCGCACGCCCCUCAUCAACCGUGUCUGGGAGGACCGGCCCUCCUCCACAGGCCCCACUCCCUUCCCAUGUAACCCCCUGACCAUGCGUUUCCCCGGUGGCAUGCCGGUGUCAGCGCCAUCCCCCUCCUCUGGCCAGCUAGGGGCCCAGGGUCUGGGGCAGGGGCGGGCCUGGGAGGAGGAACCUAAGCCCCUGUUGUGUUCUCAGUACGAGACCCUGUCUGACAGCGAGUGAGAGACCCUGUCUGACAGCGAGUGAGAGACCCUGUCUGACAGCGAGUGAGAGACCCUGUCUGACAGCGAGUGAGAGACCCUGUAUGACAGCGAGUGAGAGACCCUGCCAUGGAACAGAACAGCACCUGCCAACUAUCAACCACCUCCACGGCUGCUGCAGACACACACACACACACACACCACUCUACACUCUCCAACCCACUCUACACUCUCCACCCCACUCUACACUCUCCACCCAGGAAAGGAGUGACCUCUUAGCCUCCCAUCUCACACUGCUGACUGAGCAUCUCAAGCGCUGAUGGUGGUGUGCUGAAACACUGCUGCUCAGUGAGUGUGUGUGUGUUGGUGUUUGUGUGUAUACACUCACUCCAGGACUACUCUAAAGGACAAAUCACUUGUUUUUUACUUGCUUUUCCCCCCUCUUGCUGGCCUUAUCAAUACAGACACAUCAAUUCACUCACUUUUUUGUGUAGGUUUCUAGUGUCUUCUACGGAUUGUGGAAGGGACUUGAUACGGCCACAUAGUCUGAUGCUCAUGUGUUUUAAUCUGACCUGUUGAUGGAUUCACUGGCCCUGGACAAGGAUGGAUGUGUCCUCUGUUGUACAGGAAUCCUGCUCUACUCUGUCUGGGCUCUGUGAGCAGGGCUUCAACUUGGAGAAGCCUGCUGCCUCCACUGACCAUCUCCAUCUCUCAUUCUUUCUGCCAAUGACCCCAUGGACACGGAGUUAACCACACAGAGCUCUGCAUGGAGAGGUCUGCUAGGGAAGUGGACUCCUUCACUGACCCAUGUCAUUGUGCAGUGGGAGUACAGUACAGUGCAGUAGAGUACAGUACAUUACAGUGGACACUGUGCAGACGGACGGUGCAUUUCUACCACUAUCAGAUGAUGGACAGGAGGGAAAAAAACACAUUGUUUUCCCUUGUUUAUUAUUUAGUUUUCUCCUUUUUAAAUCAAGUCAGUCCAGUCUUGUGUUUGAAAGUGAGCUGAGACCGUUAGUACUUUUUAUGGUGAAUUUUGAUGGUGUCAGUUAUUGUUUCUUAUUUGCAACGAUUUAUCUUGGGGGGUACGUGGGAGGGUUAUAUCAUUGGUUAACAGGGUAUACAUGAUGCCCAUUGCUGAUGAUGUCAUCAUACAUUUGACAUUUUAUUGGAGGACGGUGGCGGCGUAUGGUCUCCAGGCAUCCAAUAGAGAGAGUGGACUGUGGGUGUGAUGGAUGGCACUAAGAGACAAGUGACACUUUCUCACUCUUUGUAUAUGAAUCAUGUCUAUGUGUUUGUUGAGACUGUUUUUGGAUGUUAAGCACUUAGUUGUCAAUCUGUUCACAAUGGCAUUUUUAAGAAUGUGUGUUUCGGGCAGGUGAGAAUGGACUCAAGAAGAAGAGUGUAGAAUCCUACUAAUAGAAGUGUCCUCCUCCUCUAACAUCUGUUUCUUUUGGUCUUGCCACAUACAUGAUUUAGUAUUCCCGCACUCAAGCGACAAUCACAGCUAGUGAAACAUUACUUAGUCCGCUUAGUGUGGGUAGAGACCAACCUUAAAGCUGCUUUAGGGCAAAUUUCCCGGCAUUAGAGUUGGAAUGUGCUUGCAUUAAAUAGGUGAGAAAUAAAAGCCAUCUAUGUUUCUAUGCCCCUUGGACCAUGGUGGUGCCGGCUGUGGCUGUAGUGUGAGCCCCGGCUGGCCUGCUGGAAGUCCGUCUCUAGGAUGGAAUGCCUGUUGUGACGGUCUGACCUCGGAACUUUUACUGUCUAGAGGAAGAGGAGCUCUGCCUCACCAGGCCAGACGCACAUUUUUAUCUAGACCCGAUUUUGUACAGUUCUAAGAUUCCUAGUGUUAAGUGCCAUUCAUUUUACAUAUACAGUAGUAGUUACCAAGUGACGCGCACAUUUUUUAAAAUAUUUUUUUUUCUACAUGCCAGGGUUAUAAGUGUUUAUGCAGGGAAAUGUUGAUACCAAGAGCAGAUGAAAUGUCCUUCUUUUGAUGUCUUUUUUUUGUCCAAAUCUGUCACAGCCUUAGCGCUUAACUGUCACUGUCACUUACACAUGAUUUACAAUGGGAGCUGCUAACUUACUGUUGUGAAUGUUAAGAAAUGAAAAGCAGUGUAUUCUGUCUGAGGAUUGUAGAACUUGCUGCUUUCACAUCAGGUUACCAUGACAAUGGGCAACGACAUGGUCAAAGUUGAAUGUCCUCUUGCAGGCUAAGCAAUAGCUAUAUAAAAGGUGAAUGCCAAGAAGAAAGAUGUAAAAAUGGUGCUGUUUCAAAGGCGAUCAUAUAAACAUUGCCCAAUUUGUUUUUACAGGCAACAUACCCUCAGUCCUAUUAUAUUCUGGCAUGGUCCUGAUUCAAAUGAGGUUUAAACAGUCCAAACGUUAGUGUUACAUUUGUGUGAUUUAAGUUUUUGUCCAUUUUAAUGAUGGUGUCCAUGGCUUGUAUUGACUGUUGAAGCCAGAGAAGCACAGCUGUUCUCAGUGUGACUUGUUUAGAGGGACUGCACUGCAGUGUGUUAUCCUGUCCACUAGUUGAGAGGGAGUUGAGUUAGUCAUGAUGGAGACGUGUUAAUAAUGAAUGUGGAACAGUUGGACAGCUUUCACUCUCCUUCCUCUUCCUCUUCACUGGAUUACAUAAAGUUUCUACUCUGGCUACCUAUUAUAUUGGUCAUGGUUCAGAUCUAAUCAGUCAAGGUGAAGCUAAAUAAAAAGUUUGUAACUGGACCCAACCAACUACAAGGUAACCCCAGCUUUGUAUUAUAAGAUAGUUUGUGUCUUUACUUGUAUAUCAAUUGACUAUUCAUGAAGUCAUUGGGAGAGCAAAGUGACAGUAAAGUUUGACGUGACAAGAAGACAAAAACCAUAUCCAGAUGUGUUCGCUAAGUAAAUAGCAGAGGAAACGAGAAUAAUCAGUUGUUUUUAAAUGUACUGAUGUGUAUUUGAAUGAUUUAUGCUUUUCACUCAUUUCUGUUCGUUCUUACACAGCUUGCUUUGAUUAUGGUCAUGACACUCUCCAUGCUAAUAGGUAGCAUUUCAUUGGUAAUGAAAGGAAUGAUUCAAAAGGAAGGAAAAACAAAUGAAUGGAAGGGCCGAUACGACCCCUGUAUUGUCCACAGCUGGGAGGGGGGGUGGCGUUGACCUUGAUCAACCGUAUUGUGCGUAAUGAUUUUUUAAAUAUAUAAUUAUAGCCCACUGUAUAAUAGCCAGGAUUGUAUAUAGAACUGAAGAGAUGUAAAUAUUUAUGUGGCUUGCUGCAAGGUUGGUAUUUACAGAAAAACUAUUCACACUGUUUAAUUCUACAUGCCCACCAGCAAGCUUUGUGGAUAGCAGUGUAAAAAAACAAACAAAAACACUGCCUUAAUGUUUAAAUAAAAAUCUUAUUGCCAUUGAAA